AAACAACACCGGGACCCACCACUUUCCAACUCUUACUCUUGAGAGUUCACGUAUCACACAAUUCACUUUUUCUUGGUUUCGUUAUAUAUGGCACCGCAAAUUGCUCUUCUUCCCUUCCUCUAAAACUCUUCAACUUAACGAAACGAAACGAAACGGUGUCGUAUCAUGCUAUCCUCAUCUUUCUCUUCGCUGCGCCACGUCAGAUCCCGGCCAACACUCGCUGCCGGAACCACCACUUCUCCGACGUCGGAGAAUCAACAAUCAUCGAGUCUUUCUCUCCACGCAACAGCGUCGUUUUACGAGAUCCUCGGGAUCCCCGCCUCCGCGUCGAUCCUCGAGAUCAAGACUGCGUACCGCCGACUAGCCAGGGUUUGCCAUCCCGACGCCGCGACUGUGAUCGGCGGUCGGAACGUAUCGUCGGACGAGUUCAUGAAGAUCCAUGCUGCUUACUCCACGUUAUCGGAUCCUGAGAAGCGCGCCAGCUAUGAUAGGAGCUUGCAUCAGCGACGGCGGAUUCCACUGACGGCGGCGACGCCGGAGUCAAGGUUUCCCGGUUACGGUGGGCGAAGAUGGGAAACGGAUCAGUGCUGGUAGCGAGCUGACUCGGUGUGAGUUAAGGAGGAACGAGUUAGUUAGCUGGACUUUGGAUCUUAAACUCUUAAUUCUUAGGCGUGGUUAUUAAAUUCGCCUUUGAUUGUAAUUUGAGUUUAAUUAGUAGUUAAUUACGUUGGUGCGUGCAACAUAUGUUACAUUCUACAUGUCAUUACUAUUCCAUACAAAAGAAAGAAGCACCUCUCUAUUUAUUAGUACA